AUGAGUAUGAGCAGGAGUGUGAGCGGGAGUGGGAGUGUGAGCGGGAGUGGGAGUGCGGUGCGGAUAUCAGGACUCCCUAAAUAUCUCAAUAAUGUCCAGCAAGUGAAAUACUCGAUACUGCAGCACUUCCUGCGGGAAUCCAACGGAGGAGGAAAAAUUAUCCGUCUAGACUACCCCACGGAUGAAGAGGGCACGGCCGUCCUCACCUUUAAAGAAGAGACAGCGGCGAAGGACGUCCUGAGAAGAAAACACAAUCUGGACAUACGGGGGUCCGUCUUCCCGGUGACAGUAAUGCCCCUGAGCGAGCGGGGGAGGGGGAGCGCCGCGGCAGAAGCACGGGAGCCCGGCCGCUCGAUUUUUUUGCCCGUAAAAGCCGUCCUGGACCUGGGGCCGUACCACGAGGGGCCGGUUCUGAAGCUCCUGGCCGGCUACGGCCUCAAAGUGUCGGGGAGAACGCGGUGCGGGGUCCGCGUAGAAGGAGAUUUCCAGGAGCUGAAGAGAUUUAGAGCAGAUUUUUACUCCAAAAUGCAUCCGGAAAUCCUCUCGGGGGGCCGGCCGGCCCACCCUACUGCCCAACGAGACCGCGGCGCGGCUGCAAGGGGUCCCGGCGGGGAGGAAAGAGCCGGCGCCAAGACAAGGAACGGGCAGAAUACGGCUUCGGAGACGGGUGCUAGAUCCCCAUCCAAUCCCCACGGAAAAGAUCCAUUCCACCCGAGCGUUUCCCACGGUGCCGGCAAGGAGUUUGGGGGUCUGUCUGGAAAACGCGGCGGCCCCUCGGCCGUGAGAUCUCCCAGGGGCUCGUCUUCUAAAUCAGGCUCCUCGACGGGCUCCUCGUCGACGACGUUCAACAGCGACCCAGAACCAAAGCCCAGUAUCGGUUCUAGAUUAGCCGACGAGGUCUCAAAACUGUCCGUCGACUCCGGAUUUAGAGAAGUUUCUAGAAAAACAUCAGGUGGCUUUUCGGAAAAAGCAAAUUAUGGCUCCUCCCCAGCAGCCGGUAUCAGGGGGCCGCCGGUCCCGUCUGCAUCGGAACCCCCCGCUUCUCCCGCUCCUCCCGCGGCUUCUCCUGCUCCUCCCACGGCUUCUCCUGCUCCUCCCGCGGCUUCUCCCGCUCCUCCCCCGGCUUCUCCCGCUCCUCCCGCGGCUUCUCCCGCUCCUCCGGCGGCGCUCUCCAGAAGCUUCCCCGUGGAUGCCGACGCGCUGAGAUACGCGGACAGGUUUGGCGAGCGGUACGCGGAUCGCUGUCUCAGAGAACAUUCUGUUGCAGUAAAAGCCGAGGAGCGCGAGGACUUCUGUGUCGUGACGCUGAGCGUCGGAGAUGCCGGUCGGGCCGGCGACUUGGAAGAAGCUUUCCGGUACUUUUCGCUCCUGUUUGAAAAAUAUCACAAAGAUCUGCGGGUAGAAAUCAUCGAGUUGUCGGACUUCGCGCCGGAGCGGAGGAGGGGAAUCGCCGAAGACGUGUUUCGUUACGGGAAGAAAUACAAUGUUCUGGUGGAGGGUCUCGAAGACCGCCUGCGACUCGUCGGCCGAGCGGCGGACCUCAUUUCUUUCAUGCAAGUCUGGAAAGCAAAGGAGAGAGCGCGGCAAAUGGAGAUACAGGGGUUAAAACAAGAUACAGGUCCCGGACCGGUGUCGCCCGCUUACCCUCAUCCACCGUCUACGAGGCGGAAGGGCCCGGAGAUCUAUAGACAGUCGCCGACAGCCACCUACGGAGCCGAGGCGCCGAGACAGCAUGCGGGGGACUCCCAGCGGCCAACAGGGAGACCUCCUUCUUCCAGGAGACCCAGCGGCCACCCAGAUCCUGGACGAGAGAAAUGA